UCCUUCUCUAGUCUAGUUAUCCUGAUAUAUAUGAAGUAUGUAAUAUCAACUAAGAGCAUCAUCAAUGCUAUACUGUUAACAUGCUAUAAAUCUUGACACAUGGCAAUUAAUAAAUGGAAUUGUCAUCCACUUCAUCUUCAAGUGAUAUAGGUAUACGUUGAAAUCCCAAAAUUACAUCCAAUGCAUGAUGUUGACAUCGCAUAUAUAUCCACCAUCGUGCAGUGUAACCAUAUUUUUUUUUAAAAUUGAAAACCUCUGUUGAAGCAAUCCAGUUGUGCCCCAUGUCAUUCCGGCAACGGCCAAUACUGCUCCCGACGGUCUCCGUGAUGGAAACGACUGACAGCAGUAAUCACGGUGUAGCAGUACCACUUCAACUAACGUGUUGCCCGGCGGACAUGCUACUGCACUCCGGCGAACGAUCCUCCGGCAGGCUGCGUUUCAUCUCCUUCGUUGGAGACAACCUUCUCUUCCCCCUUUUCUUCUGAAGAUGAUAACCGGCGGCAGAGCAUCUUCAGAACGCAGUCCGGCGAACAAGCAGUGGCAGGUUUCACCCUUCCGGCGAUGGUAACGGCAGCUAGCUCUGGCGUGAAACGCAGUCCGACAACCCUUGCAACAGCUCUCCGGCAUACGUCUCUUCCCUAGCUUGGAGACGGUCGUACCCCAUCCCGCCCGCCUUGAACGUACAAUACGAAGCUUCAAUCAUGAGGUGGGGGUGAGUUUGGGACAUUGGGAGGGAUAAUGUUUUAGGCGGAUAUUUUUUUUUAAUCGGCAGAUACCCCAAAUCCGAUGACUCAGCAUGUGAAAUGUACUGUUAUAGGAAGACAGUGAUGUAUACAGUGUUACGGUUAUUUUUUGACAUGUCAACUUUACAUGAAGGUUUACAUCCUGCGUUGGACACUUUUUUUCUACCCCAAUGUCAAAUUAGCAUGACGUAGUCACUAUUUUUAAUGUGAACAUUGUCCGGCUGGAGAUGCUCUAAACAUUAUAUUCUCAUAUUCCUCGCAUCUAACUUUCCCUCCCACCAAUUGAAUCCAUCACAUACCUUCUUCCAUAACGAGAAUAACUAACAUCCCUAAAAAAUGCUAUAAAAAUUGCUUCACUUACAAUUAUUGUUCUCCCGCAUUCAGAGGAGAGGGUCAAGCACCUCCUUGAGCCCGGCCCUUCUUCACAUUCUUCACAUAUAUUGAUUUCCUUAGGAAAAUAAGAGUUGUAAACAAAAAAACAAGAAAUAAUCUAGCUCGGGAGAAAUGGCAGAGGAGGAAAAGAAGAAAAACAUGAUCGUCCUGGGCGUGUGUUCGCUACUUCUUGUGGCGAUGGUGAUUGGCCUGACAAUAGGGACGGGAGGCCGUGACACGACCGUUCGCAAGGAAAUAAGCUCAUCUGAGAAGGCGAUCCAAGCCAUAUGCCAACCCACCUCCUACCAAGAGACUUGCGUCAAGAGCCUCGAGUCCUCCUCGGCAGCCAAUGCCACGGAUCCAAAGGAGCUCAUCCAAGCCUCCAUGGAGAUUACCAUUAAGGAAAUUCGCAAUGCAAUGAACAAUUCAACAUUAUUCAAGGAGGUCCGUCAGGGGGACAAGAGAUCCAAAGAUGCGUUGGAUAACUGCCACGUCUUGGCAGAACGUGCCAUUGACGAUCUGAAUAGGACAUUCGAAAAGUUCAGUGAGUUUGAUCUAGCCGAUUUAGAUAACUGGUUAUCUGACUUGCAGACGUGGCUUAGCGGUUCCCUCACGUAUCAAGAAACCUGCCUCGAUGGGUUCGAAGGCAUCCCAGGAGAUAGUCAGACCAAAAUGAAAAACCUUCUCAGAACGUCAAUGCAAUUGACGAGCAAUGCUUUGGCAAUGGCAACUGAAAUAUCGUCUGUCCUCUCAAAUUUGGGCGUUGAGGGUAUCAGUAGCAGUGCUAACAAACGCCGCCUUCUCUCAGACAAUGAAAAUGAUAAAGAACAUGUCGUUGGACAUGAUGAUGAAUUUGAGGGAGAAGCAACUCCUGAUUGGGUCGAGGCCGGAAGGGGAAGGUUGCUUACAGCCAAGACGUCACACAUCAAACCUGAUCUCAUCGUGGCCAAGGAUGGGUCUGGGAAGUACAAGACAAUAAACGAGGCAUUAAAGGAUAUCCCGAGGAAUAGUAACAACACAUUUGUUUUGUACAUCAAAGAAGGUGUUUAUGAGGAGCAAGUUACAUUUUACCGUAACAUGACACAUUUGAUGAUUAUGGGAGAUGGUCCAACCAAGACCAGAAUCACUGGAAAACUAAACUACGUUGAUGGAAUUUCCACUUUUCAUACAGCAACUGUGGCUGCAUUGGGAGACUAUUUCAUGGCUAAAGACAUCGGGUUUGAGAACGCAGCCGGGCCAGAGAAACACCAAGCGGUGGCAUUGAGAGUUGGCGCGGACAGAUCAAUUUUUUACAACUGUCAAAUGGACGGGUACCAGGACACUCUGUAUGCCCACCUCUACCGCCAAUUCUACCGGAAUUGCGUCAUCUCUGGAACCAUAGAUUUUAUAUUCGGAAACAGCGCUGCCGUGCUCCAAAACUGCACAUUGGUGGUGCGAAAGCCAUUGGAGAAUCAGCAGUGCAUUGUGACAGCGCAGGGUCGGAUAGACCCGCGCCAACCCACAGGCCUUGUCUUACAGAACUGUAGCUUCAUGGCCGACCCGGAGUACCAACCGGUCCGGUUCACACUCAAAUCGUACCUCGGCCGGCCCUGGAAAGAAUAUUCCCGAACCGUGAUCAUGGAAUCGUACUUAGAGGACUUCAUCCAGCAGGACGGGUGGUUGCCGUGGGCAGGCGAUUUUGCACUCGAAACGCUCUUUUACACCGAGUACAACAACCGAGGCCCGGCUUCUGGCAAGGAGAACCGUGUGAAAUGGGGAGGUGUCAAGGAGCUUCCAUUGAAUCGGAUUGAGCGGUUCACAGCUGCCCGGUUCUUACAAGGUGAAACCUGGAUUAAAACAGUUCCUGGUCUUCCCUAUAACCCUGGUUUCAUUUUCCCGCCUCCUAAACCUAACACCACAAUUACUUACUCCCCGGUGGAGCCCGACGAGACGAAAGAUAUGGUGGCUCCGGAAGAUAAAGCGGCUUAUGAUCCUCCCAAAGUCGCUCCGGCUCCGGCGCCAGUUCAGGAUCCGGUUCCUGUUUCGGUUUUGGCUCCGGAAGCAGCCCCGCCAGUUCAAUCCGCAGAAAUUCCCGCGCAGACUACUACCAAUACACCUCUUCCAGUUUUAUCAUCUCCGGCGUCGUCUCCGACUCAAUCGGAACCUCCCAGUCAGGUUUCAGCCGGAGCAGAUGCUCCAACUCUAUCUUCUCCGACAACAGCUGUGACCCAUCCAGCACCAUUAAGUCCGGACUUUGAAGCUACGCCGUCAGUUCAAUUCGCCUCGACUAGCAGUGGAUCAGCUCCAGCUCCGGCUCAAGAUGAAGCUUCCACUAAAGCCGAAUCAAGUGUGGUAUCAAUUCCUGUGGCGGCUUCGACUGAAGCAGAUAAUCAGACUCUGAGCCCAGCUGAAAACUCAGCUAUGGCCCAAACUGAUGAAGUUGGAGCCCCAUCUGAAAACGGGGUGACUACCUCGCCACCCACUCAAGCUGCGGCAUCAGUGGUUGCUCCUCCCACAGAAACGGAGGUGAAGGCACCGUCGGGAAAUCAAGAAUCCAAAGGGUUAUUAGGUGGUCUUUUGGACUUUUGAGAAGUUUUAAAGAUUGGAAUCAUUUUUUUAUGUUUCAGCUGUAUACAGAAUUCUAUCAUCCCUAAAUAGGGCACAAACAUUUAAUUAGAUAUAUACCC